GACCAACAUCUUCAAAAAUUCAUUUGCAUCAAUCAAACAAAGCCGUAUACACACUUUUUUUGAAUAUGAAUUUUUACAACCCCCGCGAAUCUCGAAUGAAUAUAUUAUAAGUGUAGCCGUUUAGGCUCUGGCCACCCAUCUAAGAAUUCGUUUCCUACCAUCUCGACUCCCUAGACAGACUGAACAAUGGCCGUGUGUAAAUUCUGGCAGCAGGGGAAUUGCAGAAACGGAGCUGGUUGCAGAUUCGAACACUCCGAUCAAAGUGCCAAUUCCAAUAGGAAUGGCUUCCACAAUCGAUAUGCGCCUCUUCAAAAUCAACCUUCCAACCAAUCCAACUCAAGAAAUUUCAAUACACAACGAGGAGGAAAUGAGGCGCAUAUACCUUUCAGUCUCGACAAAGCGGCUAUAAAGCAAGACCUCACGACCGAUAGACCUCAAUGGAUUCUUUCGGCAUACGGACCUGGGCGCCAUGCGCCUGAGCAGUUGUUCGGUGGACCAAUGCGAGAACAAAGUUUUGAGGAAAUGCGCCUUCUACACUACAUUGCGGCAGCUUCUGGCAAUGUUCAACCAGCUAUACAAGAUGCAGAGAGGUUAUGGCAAGAAGCAGAUCAACAAAUUCAAACUGCGCUGAAUGAUGUGGAUGGCGCCAUAAAUUAUAUUGUCGCCUCCGACAGUAAGCAUCCAAAUAGGAAUGAUUUCUGUCAACAGUGCACCUCCACAGACCAAACACCUUGGGUUCAGAGGAGCGACCACCCUCCUAUCAACAAUGCUUUUGGUGCAGUCAGUCAAACGACCCCAUCAGCAUUUGGGCAACCGUCUACUCAGAAUGGUUCUGCAUUUGGGCAACCGUCCACGCAGAAUGGCUCUGCAUUUGGGCAACCGUCUACUCAAAACGGCUCUGCAUUUGGGCAACCAGCUAACCAAAAUGGUACAGCUUUUGGACAGCCUUCAACUCAGAACCCCAGUGCAUUUGGUGGGCCUUCUCAAAGCUUUGGAGUUGCACCACAAAUUGGGGCAUCUGGUGGUUUUGGUCAGCCAUCAGCUUUGGGCCAAAAGCCAAGUGCCUUUGGUAGUACUUUUGGACAGCCUUCACACCUAGAGCAAAGGGCUGGGGCUUUCGGAAACCCUUCAGCCAUGGGACAGAAAGAAAGUCCGUUCGGUGCACCCUCAAAUGGUGCCAUGAAUUCUGGACAGCCAGGCUUCUCCAACUUAGGCGGUACAAGUAAUGCUUUUGGUCAUCCAAAUCCAAAUCCCUUGGUAAACCCAAUGGGAGGUGCUUUUGGUUCCAACCCUCUUCCACCUGGGAUUCAACAAUCGCAGGCUAAUCCGAUGGCGCAAAAUAACAAUCCAUUAGCGCCUGUAAAUUCUUUUGUUCAGCCUACUCCGCCGAAUCCCUUUGGCUCAAAUUCCGGAAAUACCCAAGCAUUCGGUGCUCCUUCUCCAGCGCCAAAUAAUCCUUUUGGGGCUCCAAGUUCUCAAUCUAUGAAUGCGAUGCAAAAUCAGUUUACGGCCCCUGUUACACAAACACAGCAGUUUGGUAAUCAACAAGAUUCUGACAAUCUAAACAUGACUGCUGGCGCUCCCCCUGCGAGAUCUGGCUCCCAUAUGAACACUUUCAGUCCAAAUUUUCGACCACCACCAAAUGAUAACAUAGUACCACAUCCUCCAGCCGAUAGUUACAUAAGGAGUCAGGGUGACAAGUUAGAGUCUUUCAAUGGACUCCCAGUCGAGUAUAAGGAUGGAGAGCCAGGGACUUUCGUAAAUGGCAAGUGGCACAAGAUAUGGUGUGCAAAGGGUUAUACAGGGCCAAAUAAAACCACCGAGAUUGAGAACGUGUCUUUUGAUGAGCCGACAACAGUUGCAUAUCUACAGGCCAGGCGAACGGGAGCUUUUCCGGGUGGAGUUAUGCCUAUGAUUCCACCCAAGAGGGAAUGGUGCUUGUUCAACUUUUGAUCUGCUGAAUUAGAUAUGGGCGGUUAUGCAUUGGGAUGGCGUUGUGAGUUUAUUACCGUGUGGUUUCGGAGGAAGAGUACAUAACAAACGGCUUGGAAAAUGCAUUGUAGGAAAUAUUGGGGCAUUGCAAUGUUCACGAGUAUGCUGCUAGGACUGGCUAGCAUCUAAUUGAGGGGGAAAAAUGACAAGAGAUCAAAAAUAUGCCUUAAUAUCCCGUUCAAAGUUAAGCACCUUACACCAUGUGCAAGGAUUGUAUUUGGCGCCUAGUACGAGUGCAGAAUAAUUUACAUGAUGACCUA